AUGGCCGAGGAUAAACCUGCUGUCAAAAAGACCAAGCUUAACAACGGAGCAGCUACCAGCACCACAGCUUCCAGAGCAACCGAUACAACCUUGCCAAUGUCUGAACGAUUUGCAGGUUACAGCUUCAAAGUCAAUGAGCCACCCAAGGAUAGACCUGUUCGUGUCUACUGCGACGGUAUCUAUGACAUGUUUCAUUUUGGACAUGCCAAAGCAUUGGAGCAAGCCAAAAAGGCCUUUCCUGAUGUUUACUUGAUGGUCGGUGUAUCCAACGAUGAGGAAACGCAUAAGCGUAAGGGUAAAACGGUGAUGAGCGACAAAGAGCGGUAUGAGGCUGUACGACAUUGUCGAUGGGUGGAUCAAGUGAUUGAAGAAGCCCCCUGGUUCGUGACCCAGGAUUUCAUCGAUAAGCACCAGAUCGACUAUGUGGCCCACGAUGCUGAACCUUAUCAAUCAAGUGAAUCCGGCGAUGUCUAUGCUUUUGUCAAGGAUCAAGGCAAAUUCUUGCCCACUCAGCGCACUGACGGCAUUUCUACCUCGGAUCUCAUUACUCGCAUUGUGCGUGAUUAUGAUGCUUAUUUACGUCGCAAUCUUGAGCGAGGUGUGAGUGCCAAGGAUCUCAACAUUUCAUAUUUGAAGGAACAAGAAAUCAAGACCAAGAAGUCCAUCGAUGAUCUAAAGAAGACCAUAAAGUCAGCUGUAUUGGAUCAACUCGACAAUUGGGAAAGCCAAAGUCAUGAUUUUAUUCGUGGUUUUGCUGGCAUGUUUGGAGCAGAAACGGUGGUGGAUCGAUUUUUGCAAAAGCGCAAAAGAGCCCUUGGAAGCAAGAGUAACAGCAGCUCACCAGCACCCAGUGUCAGUAGUCAAAGCAGCGCCCACAGCGAAACCGAUAGCAACAGCAACAAUCACAAAGUAGACGAACAACUCAAGCACUAA